AUGGGGGUUCCCGCAUUUUUUAGAUGGCUAUCAGAUAAAUUUCCCAAAGUUGUUUCGGAGGUGAUCGAAGAACAGCCCACUAAUGUCAAUGGAGUAACGAUUCCUGUGGAUACAACCAAACCAAACCCUAAUGGCGAAGAGUUUGAUAAUUUAUAUCUGGAUAUGAACGGUAUUAUUCAUCCCUGUUGUCAUCCUGAAAAUAAGCCUGCACCAGCUACAGAAGAUGAUAUGAUGAUUGCCAUCUUCGACUAUAUGGAUCGAUUAGUAGACAUGGUGCGUCCCCGUAAAUUAUUGUAUAUGGCCAUUGAUGGUGUUGCACCUCGUGCUAAAAUGAAUCAACAGCGUUCACGUCGUUUCCGUGCAUCGCAAUUAGCUGAAGUUGAGAGAAACGCCAAGGAGAGAGUUUUUGAAGAAUUGCAAGCUAUUGGUCAAGAACACCAAAUGCCCGAAGAAAAGAAACAUUUCGAUUCUAAUUGUAUUACACCAGGUACACCCUUUAUGGCUCGUUUGGCAACAUGCUUGCGUUAUCAUAUUGCUUAUAAGCAAAAUAAUGACCCCUUAUGGAAGAAUCUUAAAGUAAUUCUGUCGGAUGCUACCGUUCCCGGUGAAGGUGAGCACAAAGUCAUGGAAUUCAUUCGAGUCACUCGCUCUCGGCCUGAACACAACCCCAACACAAAACACGUUAUGUACGGUCUCGACGCCGAUCUUAUCAUGUUAGCUUUAGCUACUCAUGAACCUCACUUUAAAGUCCUUCGUGAAGAUGUUUUUGGAGAUAAACGUAAAAAGAAUAGUUGUCAACGUUGCAAACAGUCCGGUCAUUUUGCAGCACAGUGCCCUUUAUCAAAUGAAGAUCUCGCAGUAAUGAAACAGAAUGAACCUCCUAAGCCUUAUGUAUUUCUGCACGUCAACGUACUAAGAGAAUAUUUGGAGCAUGCCUUGAAGUUUAACAUUCCAGGAAUUCCUUGGGACCUUGAGAGAGCUAUUGACGAUUGGGUAUUCUUAUGUUUCUUUGUUGGUAAUGACUUCUUACCUCACUUGCCGUCUCUAGAAAUUAGAGAGGGGGCUAUCAGUACCCUCAGCCUUUUAUGGAAGAGUACUAUGCCGUUGAUGGGCGGCUAUAUGACCAACAAUGGCGAUGUUGAUUUGAAAAAAGUUCAGAUAUUGGUACACGAAUUGGGCAAGAUGGAAGAUCAGAUUUUCACUCAACGAAAACAGACAGAAGAAAGACGCGCUCAAGGAGCAAAAAGAAGAAAGUUGGAGAAUGAAAGACGAACGCGUGAACAACAAGUUUAUGACGCUAGUAGGCCCGAUUUUGGCGCCAUGACAGCUGCACCUGUAAGCAACCCGAAUGCCGGAAUGUCCAAUAUGGAUGUAGUAGCGAAUAGAGCAGAGAUCCGUAUGGCAAAUAUUAAUGCAGCUCAGGCAUUAAAAGCUGAAUUGAUGGGAAAUACAGCGACUUCUACUGAAGGUGGUGUUAAACGUAAACAUGAUGAAGUCGAGUCAGGUAAUGAUGAGGAAGAAGACCGUGGCAAUGAAGAAGCAUUUGAUCAAGAUGAUGAUGACGCCAUUGACGAGGACUCAGAAAGUGAUUUAGAAGCUCAGGGAAAAGCUAUUUUACAACGUGUUGCUCAGGAAAAGAAAGACAAAGAGGAAGCAACCCAUCAACGAACACCCGAGGAUGAAGUACGACUUUGGGAGGCCGGCUGGAAAGAAAGAUAUUACAAGACCAAAUUCAAUCUUACACCUACGGACAGAGAUGAGAUCAAGGAUAUUGUCAAAUCAUAUUGUGAGGGCCUUGUUUGGGUGUUUAAAUAUUAUUACAUCGGUUGCGCUUCUUGGUCUUGGUAUUAUCCUUACUAUUAUGCUCCCAUGGCUUCGGAUUUUACCGAUAUUGGUGACUUACACAUCAAAUUUGAGAAGAGUGCACCCCUGAAGCCGUUCGAACAACUGAUGGGCGUAUUGCCAGCUGCUAGUAGAGACCAUAUCCCCAAACCGUUCCACGUUUUAAUGACCGAGGCUGAUUCGCCAAUUAUUGAUUACUAUCCUACCGAAUUCGAUGUAGACAUGGACGGCAAGAAAUUUGAGUGGCAAGGUGUUGUUAAACUCCCAUUUAUCAAUACAGAGCGACUAUUAGAAGCAAUGAGUACCGUUUAUGAUCAAUUAAACGAAGAAGAGCAGCAGCGUAAUUCUGAAGGGCCUAGUAUUCUUUAUGUGAGCGAGUCACAUAAAGCCUAUAACUUUAUUAGCACUGUGUAUAGUAAACGAACUGUUGGUCAAAAACUGCCAUUAGACCCACGACUUUGUGAUGGUCUAACUGGCGAAAUUGAUAAGGACGGAGAAUGUGUACCGCGUAGCACAUUCUACUCACCGUUGUCAGAAUUUGGACUACCUGAUAUACGUAAUGAUAAAUCAAUCAGUGUGUCGUAUUCACUUCCACAUUUUCCUCCUGGCUUUGUAUUUUCCACACAGUUACUGAAGGGAAUCAAAAUUCACAACACAUUGAAUUAUGAAGACUUGCAGUUAGCAACAUUUGAGAAGAUUGAUAAUCGACAAAAAUAUCAGAUGAAUAGAGGCUGGACUCCGCAGAUCAACCAUCUUCAAGAAUACCGCGAAUUUAACAAUAACAAUUAUCAAAACCGCAGAUAUAAUAAUUACAACAGUCAGAAUUCAUAUAACCGUCAAUAUAAUCAACAAGAGUUUGGUGCUUAUGGCGGCUAUGACAGUUCUUACAGUCAACAAGGCUAUAAUAAUCAUGACAGCAACCGAAGAGGCGGCUAUCAUCAAAGUGGCGGCUAUAACCAACACUCCAAUUAUCAACAGCAGCAGCGUCAGUAUAACAAUAAUUACCAAAAUGGCUAUGAUUAUGGUUAUUAUCAACAGCAGCAGGGUUAUGGUGGCGGCGGUGGUGGCGGAUAUUACCAACAGCAAAAUUCGCAUACUCGAUAUAACCAAACAUAUGACAAUCGCAACAACAGAGGAGGCUACGGUGGCUACAACAACGGUUAUAACAACAACAGAGGAGGUAACCGCGGAGGUUAUGGAAGGCGUUAG